GGUGGUUACUGCAGCAGCUGUAGGCUGCGAAAGUUGAAAGAAAAUGAGGAGCGUAAAUUGAGUCGGAAGCUGUGAACGACUGCGACGAAGAAGAUGGGUGGUUCCGCCCUCUACUGCUCCUCACACAUUCCGUGUUCCUUUCGUCGGAGUUACCCUCCGCAUCCACAUCCUCGCCGCCGGUUGAACCUCUUCAGUGGUUGUAUAUCCCUAGUCGGCGGGCAGAAGCGGCAGCGACAGCUCGGAUCGAGUUUCCUCUGCUAUGCGGAUGAGAAUCAGAAAAGGCCUGAAGGGGACCCCUCAGCCGGAGGAAUCCAACUCUAUUCCGACAUCGAGAAAUUAAUUACUGAAACAGCAAGACAAUCUCAGGAUGGCUGGGGUAGCACUGGAGAUUGGAAGGAGAUUGAGGGUACUUGGGUCCUCAGACCAAGACAUACAAGACCAAGAUCGAUUGUUCAUUUUAUUGGGGGUAUAUUUGUUGGGGCUACACCUCAACUUACCUAUCGUCUAUUUCUUGAGCGACUCUCUGACAAGGGUGUUUUGGUAAUAGCAACACCUUUUGCUAGUCGUUUCGAUCACUUCUCUAUAGCAGAUGAAGUACAGUUAAAGUAUGAUAGAUCCAUGCGGUCUUUGACUGACAUAGAAAAUGACCUUCCAACAUUUGGUAUUGGACAUUCCUUGGGAUCUGUAAUUCACCUUUUGAUUGGUUCAAGGUACGCAGUGCAAAGGAAUGGGAAUGUUUUGUUGGCUUUUAACAACAAGGAAGCAAGCCUAGCAAUACCUCUGUUUUCUCCAGUUAUAGUACCAAUGGCCCAGAGUUUGGGCCCACUCCUAACUCAGCUCACAUCAUCUCCCAGUAUCCGCCGUGGGGCUGAAAUUGCCAUGAGACAGCUGGAGUCUCUUAGUCCUCCAAUUUUGAAGCAGGUUCUGCCACUGGUUGAACAGCUCUCACCUCUGUACAUGGAUCUAGUUAAUGGAAGAGAAGACUUUAUUCCUAAACCAGAGGAAACCAGCAGACUGAUAAAAUCCUACUAUGGAAUUUCAAGGAAUCUACUGAUACAGUUCAAGGAUGAUACGAUUGACGAAACUCCAACACUAGCCAAAUUGUUAAGCUGUGAAUCUGCUAUAAGUUCUCAGCUGGACUUGUCCAUCCGUUCAUUACCUGGAGACCAUGGACUUCCACUGCAACAGGUCCUUCCUGAUGUUCCUCCUGCAAUGGCUGAUGCAGUGAACCGUGGAGGUGAACUUCUGGCAAAUCUAACUGCUGGAACGCCGUGGGAGUCAGUGGCAAAAGAAAUUAGCAAUACAUUGGGUCCAAAUUCAAGUAUCCUUCGCACACAGAUUUCAAAGGAUAUUGAAAUGCUAGUAGAUGUUAUCACAUCAUGGAUGUCCUCAAAUACAAAUCCAAGAAUGCUAAGACCCUGAAAUGUGUUAGAAGUGAAUGGGACAGAUAAGAGAAGAAAAUGCAAUUCGCAUAUUCAAGGUACAUAAGCAUUUUGAUCAGCAACAAACCAGCUUGGAGAAAAUAAUGUAAAUUUUAGCUUCAUCAUUGAGAUAAUCCACUGUAAAAAAAAAAAAAAAACAUUUUCUGAUUGAUUUAGAGUAGAUAAUUUAAAGGUAUACAUUGCCUGAUCCUUUGUGUCAUGUACAAGUUUGUGUUUCAGCUGGUUCUUAUUCCAGAUCUUUAUCAAAUCUUGUAACAAAAAACAAUCACAUCAUAAAACAACAAUGUAAAUUUCCACAAUAAAUAUAGAAAUCUGCAAAAUAAGCUUCAUAACUGUA